AUGCUCCAGCAAGAUCACCAGUGGGAAGACCACUCAACCAUCGGUCUGCGGGCCGCGCAAACAGCUGGGAAGCUAAAAAUGGCUCGCUUCAGCGCCCGCGACACCAUCAUCACAGGAACAACUCGCGACCUGACUAGCAUGGCCACACUUGCCAAGACCAGUUCUAACAAGGACGCAAGAGAACGCAUCAUCUGGGGUGAAGGCGGCGAAAGUCUUCCUCGCUCAAAUACAACGCAGACUAGGCCUUGUCACUGUGACCUUGCGCUCUUGGAUCGCAGGCUGUUGCGAUUUCCUCACCCACGACAAGCGCCACCGUAUCAUGUGGCUCGGGUAGAUAUUCCUCGUGGACGCAUUUACUGGCCCUUGCGCACGGCACCGACGCGAUGGAUUUACUACGAGCAGAUCCUGCUCCGUCGUCGUGGGCGUAUGGCUUGUGCAGAGUGUAUGCCUUUGGUACACACGGACGAAUACACGAGGUUUUGCGUUUCGGGACAUCGCAUGUUGGAGACGACGCUUGGUGGGCCACUGGUGUUCAGGGGCGUACAGAUGGACAGUGCGAGAUAUGCUGAGAUGUUGAGGGGGGAGUUUGGUAUAGACGAAGAAGACGAGCAGAGCAAGGGAGAAGAAGAACAAAGUGGGGAAGAUAAUCCAGACUGA